UAGAUUUGAGCUUUCUAACACUUACCUAAUUGAUCCAUUAUGAAAAAAAAAGCUUCAUUUUACCCAUUGUAUGGUCCUUUAAGUACAAUUACGACCUAAUGUAUCAUGAUUCUGAGUAAAUAAACUUUAGGAGAGACAGGUCUUUAAAGCUUCGUCUAAGUAGAUAUAUCAUAGGUUUUACUAAUCUCGGAAUAAUAUCUUAGACUGACCAUGAAGAGUUGGUUAGAGGCCAGCGGCAUGGAAGAUGGCUCCCUGUCCUGCAUGCUGGCGGAACCACGAGAAGCCUUACUGCCAAUUACCAGCAGAGAAAACUUGACUCCAAGGAAACGGGACAGAACAUUAGAGCCUUGCGCUAUAUCCGAAGAGGCUUACCUUUCAAGUGGGGCUGGUUCUCCUUGCGCUGGUCUUUCCCGCGAAGAGAGACGUAGAAGACGCCGGGCCACUCUCAAGUACAGAACGGCCCAUGCCACUAGAGAAAGGAUCAGAGUCGAAGCAUUUAACGCCGCCUUCGCCGCCCUUAGGAGACUCCUACCAACCUUGCCACCGGACAAAAAACUUUCGAAAAUCGAAAUUCUCCGAUUAGCCAUUUGUUAUAUAGCUUAUCUGAAUCACGUGUUGGAUGCGUAAGUAUUGUACUAUUGAUAAAGGCAAAUACCUCAUUUAUUAGAUAUCGUUUUUUAUCGCCAUAUUGUAAUUGUCUCUAGCCUGUUCCAUACAGGCUUAGUAGCUCUUUGCUUGAAAAUGUGUGAAUGUAUUUUGACUUUAUUUGUUAAACGAAGAAAAAGUAAUGAAUCAAUCUCAAGGCAAUAUGUAAUGUUGAUAUCGAAAAACGAAUACCUUUUUUGCUCAAGGGGUCUUUAUGUACCAAGAUAUUUGUGAUGUGCGUUUCUAUUUUAAUACUAGAUCUUAUGUUGCAACAUUUAUCUUGCAUUAUCGUUAUCGUCUCUAUCUAGUCAGUGUCUUCCUAAUCUUGUUUAAGUAGAAGCUAUUUUUAGGUUUUGUAAAUAUAGGAAAAUAAUAAAAACAUUAAUGUUAAGAGUAUUUAUUUACAACUUAUAAUUCUAAUAUUAUUACAUAAAGAGUUGAUAAUUCCUAUGUCAUAUCAAUAAAUGUAUUCAUAAAUUAAGUGUCUUUUAAUUUCUACACUAUGUUACAUUGACAUUUCAAGAUCUAGUAAUUUUUAAAAGUCUCCAUUAUUUUCGUUUUAAACUGUCCAGAUAGCACAAUAGGACUGGGAAGAAUAUCAUUCCGUGUAAAAAUCCUAGAACUACUAAACUGAGGAACAUUCUAAAGAAGAACACUUCGAUUAUUUCCGUAUAUGAAAAUGCUAGUACUACGAUAGGAAUAUUAGUAAAG